GACCAGCUGAUACCGCUUCACGAAGUUUCUCCUGGCCGGAUUUUUCUGCCAGGUUGAAUUUUGCUUUUAUAUACAUUUAUUUUGUUUGGUUUUAUGUUUUGGAGAUAGAGAGAACCAUGUCUUUCCUGUUGAAAAGCAUGGUGGGUAGUCAGUUGAAGAGUUUUGGUCUGGGAGGUUCGAGUGAAGAGAAGAAAGAGGAAAGCGAAGGUUCGGAUCCAGCUGCUGCCCAAGGAAUGAGUCGGGAGGAAUAUGAGGAGUAUCAAAGACAGCUGGUUGAAGAGCAGAUGGAGCGUGAUGCAAAGUUUGCCCAAAAGAAAGCAGAGAGAGCAACUCUGAGAGUGCAUUUAAGGGAGAAAUAUAAACUUCCACAGAGUGAAAAGGAUGAAAAUCAGAUACAGAUGGCAGGCGAUGACGUGGACUUACCAGAGGAGCUCCAAAAAAUGGUAGCUGAAGAUCAAGACGAAGAGGAAGAAAAAAACUCAAUAUUAGGACACAUCCAAAACAUUCAAAAUAUGGAUAUGGACACAAUUAAAGAAAAGGCAACAGCUACAUUCACUGAAAUGAAACAAGCAGCUGAGGAGAAGUGUCUUCUGAUGUAAUGCCCGAGGACUAAUGAAUGGAACAUUCUUGGUGGGCAUGUCUACUGUUGAUGAAUUCAUAGCAAGGAAAUUCUACAAUUUAUGUUCAUCCCCUUCCUUACAGACACAUUUUAUUCCAUACUAUUCAUGGUGUGCGAUGACCAUUUUGAAAAUAAUUUGUGGAAUUUCAUAAGAGGAAGAAAUCUGCACUCUAGGGUAAAGUUCUGUGGGCCCGAUGCUUAAAGAAAUAGAAGGAAGGAAGAAAUAGCACUCUGAGUCUUUACAAACAAUAAAAAAUAACGUUUAUUGAUGUGUCAACGUUUAAGUUUAAGCAUGGUGUACUCGCCGCCUCUCCCAAAAUGUGUAAAGAUACCCCAAAAAUUCCGGUGUUAAACCUUUAAACAAGAGUCCUGGACAAUGACAAAUUACAACUUUUGAGCAAAGGUCUAUACUUUGUACCCAAUUCAUACAUAUAUAUCCAUCCAUCCAUCCAUGGGGGUCUCGGUCUUGUACUUGUCUGAGUGCUAACUUUAGGCAAACUAUAUAGUCAAAGAGAAUUGCAAUCACAGGUCUCUGUAGGUAGUUAUAGUUCCUUUAUAACACACCAAAAUAAUCUGUUAACGUUUCAGUUGAACAUGGGACUUUGUUCAAGACUUCUCUACAGAUUUUUUGGUGUAUCGUAUUGCACAAUAAAGGAACUAAAACUAUCUACAGAGACCUGUGAGUACACUUUUUUUGAAUAUAUAUGUGCGUGCGCUAGAUCUUGAGUAAUAUAUAUAUACAUACACACACACACACACACACAUAAAAAAUAUAAUUUGCUGAUUGAUAAUUUAAAAAACAAUGUUUGCUAACACAUUCUAUUUAGUUGUUUUCAUAAAGUGGAGGCUGGUGGAGUUUAAAGAUGGUACCCUCUUGUUGGGUACUGCCCAUUUAAGAACAUAUGCUAAAUCCUGACCCAACGUGAAAUUAUGUAUUUUUCAGCACCAUAAACAUUAGGAUACAUGUAUGUGGAAAAUUCAACCUCUUUAUCUCCAACCCUGAUGCUGUUUACCCAAUGACAGCCCUGGAACACAGGACAAUAGGCUGGCCUGGCAUCUGAUGACCUUGUGCAAAACCAAAGGGUGUCACCAGAAUUCAUGGUAGAGCAGACUAAAGCACGUAUAAAGAGUCUACACCCAGAGAUUGUAAAUAAUACCCCACAUUUUUUACAUUAUGAAUUGUUUAGUCUCUCAUCAGCAUCUCCUACAAGCAAUGUUAAGGGGGGAGACUUCAGAAUUAUUAAUGGCAGACACAAUAUGUAUUUUGUUUUCAAACACAAACUUACCAUUUAUUUAUUUGGGAGUGGAAGCUGCACAUGCCUCUAUGAACCAGCCUCCGCUCCACUGCUAUAUUCACCUUUAACUUUCUGUUGCAAUAGGAUAUAUUUUUAUCCAUUUUGCUACUGUGUGCUUGUCUUAAGAAAAUCAAGUUUGGCAUACUCAUUCUGCAACACCUUGCCUGCAGCAGUACAAAAUAAAUUAUGCUGAACUGAACAAUCGAACGAAAAAAGCUUUACUGGCCUUUCAAGUUUAAGAAGGUGUGAAUGUAUCUGUCUCUUUCUGUUUUAACAUCUGUGGAGUAAUACAUAGAGAGAGCCAGGCAUUAAUACCUACCUAUUGAAUGCUAUUACACAUCCAUAACUCCGUAUAUUGCAUACCAUUUCCUAUAUAUAUGUAAUUAUGUAUAUACUUGGGGUUUUGUUGGGGAUUGACAAAGUUCCAAUUUAGGACAAAACAGAUAAACAGGAAGAUAGUUGAGAUUUCUUUUUUUUCCACAUUUGUGUAUUUUGGUUUAACAUUAGUAAACCUCAUAUCAAUUCUUUUCAAUGCCAGUUUAAUGAAUAAACCUCAAAGUGAAUAAAGGUCUUCAAAUUGGUGAAAGAAAUUGAAAAUAUAAUAAGUAUGUUAAGUUAAUGUCUAAUAUCUGACACACUAAAAGCAAGUAACAUGAUACUGUGGUUUUGCCAUUGCAAAGUAAUGAAACGUAUCCUCUGUUCCCAACAUUAAAGGGACACUAUAAGCACCCAGACCACUUCCGCUCAUUGAAGUGGUCUGGGUGCAAUGUCACUGUCCCCUUAACCAUGCAAUUGUGAUUAUUACAGUUUAUGAGCAACUGCAAUAAUUAAAUUGCAGGGUUAAGACUGCCUUUAGUGGCUGUCAAUCAGAAUACCACUAGAGGCACUUCCUGGUGGUUAGGCGACUUUUGAUCACCUAACUGUUUUUUGUAAUUUUACCCAGAUACAGACAUCAUUUUUACAUUCUGGUGGAAUUUUAGAAUUAAAAAAUGUAUUCCCUAAGAUGCCAUAUGCAAAAUAUUUUGCCAUUUUAAUUUAUUUGUGUCACACCUUCACAAAAAAUGCAAACAUUCCUAACCAUGGCUGAAAUUUUGCAAUGUAUGGGAUAAUACUAUAUUGUGUCUAAAGCCUUUUCUCUCCCAGAUAUGUAUGUAAAAGCUGAAUAGGAAAAAAAAUCAAUAUGUUUGAAUUUACAUAAUUUCUGUAGUUAACCUGAAUAAUAAUCUAUAUCCAAGACUAUUGUUUAUUUCCACAAUUAUUCUUUAGCUGUGUAUCCAAUAUUUC